AUGCUCCCUUGUCUUCUUUCUUCUCAGAUUCUCUCUGUGGAUGACAACGAGGUCAACCACAUGGUUGUUGAAAACAUUCUCACUCCGCGAGGCUUCAAGAUCACAACGUGCAUGAGUGGAGUAGAGGCCCUGGAGCUCCUUGAAAGCCGAAGUUACCUACCUGACCUCAUCCUGCUGGACUGCAUGAUGCCUGUGAUGAGCGGGUUCGAGGUGUGUCAGACUCUCCGUCGCAAACAUCCCCAGAAUGCGCUUCCAAUCAUCAUGGUGAGCGCGCGAUCAGGAGACGAAGACAUUGUUCGCGGAUUGAGUCUGGGAUGCAACGAUUACAUCACCAAACCUUUCAGCGCCGGCGAGCUGAACGCGAGGAUCGAUGUGCAACUGAAGAUACGACUUCCCAAGAACGUCAAGAUGAGGCUGAAGAAAGGAAGCAGUAUGAUCAUGGACUAUCACGAGAACGUGUCUGUUCUCAUCUGCGAGCUUGUCAACAUGCGAAGGGGAUAUUACAAGCUACGUGACACGUAUGAUGAUGGUGUAGAUAUGCUCAAGGGAUGGAGAUGGACACGUUUGUUCACUUCUUGA